CUGCUUGGAUUGGUUAAAAACGGUAGUCGUGUCGUAUGUGGAAGCAAGUCAAUCGGAGAAACGUAUCGACAACGGACGCAUGCUGUCAAUCCCAGCCGCCACUACCAGCUCUACCAGCGGCAGUAGGCUGCACUACCGACCCAUCAGAGGGGACGCCUGGCGUCGCAACUCUCCCUCCCUGUUGACCACGUCGCUAGAUCUUAAGCGACAGCAGCUGAUUAAAGAUAAAUACCAGCAAUUUGAGUCAAGAACAUCGAUGUCAAAUGAAACAGAGCAGGCCGACGAAGCUCUAAAAGAGCCCCCAUCGCCACCAAAGCGAAGAAUUCGGACUGCAUUCCGUUGCAUGACGUUCACGGAAUCAGAGGACGGAGAAGAAAGCGAGUACGUACCGUCGGAGGAUGAAGAGAACGAAACGAGUGAAGAACAUUCCAGCGCUGAAGAGCUACUUGAUUCUCACCAAGAAGAAAAGCAGGAGACAUCUGAGAGUGAAGAGGAAGGGGAUCCUGAUGAUGACUCGAGGUGGUGGGAGUCUAGCGAGGAUAAAUACAAAUGGGAGAAGCACUACAAACAGGCCGAUGCCGCCUUCCGUAAGAGAUUCGGCUGUGGCAUUGACACACCAACGCACCCGGAGACAAGGAGGAAGUUGAAGAAGAAAAAGCCAAGAUAUCAAGCGUACAAAUACUUACUAGCAGGCUUGGUGAUCGUGAAUCUGGUGCAACUAGCACUGGUGUAUUCGGCUUCAUCAUGGGCGUUUUCAAUGGUAACAUGGCGACCGUGGACUGCUGACGACAACGUUGGCAGUGGCGAAGACCACAGACUUGUAGAUACGCCAAGCAGCGAACAUGUCGUCGAUGUAUUAGCUCCAUUUACGCAGCAGCAGGUCCCAGAGCACGUGCGGACUGGUUUGUACUUAUGCUCGUCACUCUCUCGGCGUGUAGUCAAGUCUGAACACGACGUGACAGCUACACAACACGCACUACGCGCAUGUGAUAUCGCUGUCAAAUUUGCACCGCUAGAAUCACGUGAGGCAAUUGAGGCCCACGUGCUUCGUGGGGAUCUGCGUAGUUUACUCUCGCUCUUUGACGGCGCUGAUGAAGAUUACAACUCUGCUAAGGAUUUGAUGCUGGAGUCUAACAUGGACUUAAAACUUGCACGGGUAUUAACGCAGGACCUGGAACUGAAGCUGAUUGCCAACCGCUGGACGCAAUUGUACAAAACGAAGAGUUUCAAGGAAUUGCGACGUGAGGCCAAAGCUCGAGUUACACAACUAAACAACUCGGCAGAUGCGGUGAGCGCGCUGGCGGCAGACUGGUUAAGCGCAUUCAAACGCAAGAAGCCAGUGCUGGACGUGCUUACUGCUCAGCGUGGCUGGACGCUACGUCGUCUCAAGUACGAAGCUUGGGAUAAUGACGAGAGAAUACCUGACAAAAGGUGAACAUGGGGUCGCUUCGUACUGCUUUUUAAUCUAUUCUGCAACCAACAUUUAUUCAUCUUCUUCAUCGCUCUCCUCUUCACUGCUUUCCUCGUCCUUUUGUUCUUCAUCUUUGGAUUUCUGCAGUUCUACAGUCUUCGCCUUCAGUUCACGCACUCUAUCCGGUUGUUGGUCAUGCUGUUCCAAGUAUCCAGCCAGAUCUUCAACGAAGUCGCGUGUAUCUGGGCUGAGCUUAAUCGCUUGCUCCAAGCUCUGAACCACCAGCUUAUCGAAAGCGUUAUCUCCAGUGCUUCCACUUCUCGCCAUGCGCAUGUUUG